AUGCUCAUUCGAGUCGCUGGAGAGAAGAGGGUCGAUGUGCGACUGGUGGCCCCGCUAGUGUCAUCCAUUCACCAAAAUGCCGUUUUUAUACUAGUCACACCGACAAAACUGUACAAAUAUGAGGGAGAAAAUAGUAAUAUUCUUGAGAAGACGAAGGCUACACAAAUAUGUAUACAUAUUACGACCAAGUCGGAUUUGUUCUGUUCCGCAUCCAAAGCAGAAAAUGUAUCAGGAUCUCCAAGAGAUUUUCUGGCCCUGCUAAGUGGUGGUGAACCAGAUUUUGCCUUGCCACGAAACACAGUGGAGCCAUUUGAGAAUGUGAUUGCGAAGACAAAUCUUGUGCUACGAGUCACUGAUGACUAUAAACUUCAGUCCGUGGUGAAAGGCGAACAUCCUCGAUUCGCUCUCCUCCAGCCCAAGGAGGUAUGUUUUUGA